AUAUAUACUCUGUUAAAAAAAAAUAUUGGUUUGUAGAGUGAAGAUUGACAAAAAAAAUGGAUAGAGAAGACAUUGAGUGUUCAUUGAUUGAAGAAAGUGUAAAGAAAAAUGAAAUUUUGGGAGAAGUAAAGAGGUUAUUGGUAUUAGCAGGGCCUUUAAUGUCUGUUAAUUUUUUACUUUCUUGUUUACAGGUUAUAUCUAUAAUGUUUGUUGGUCAUCUUGGAGAGUUAUCUCUUUCUGGUGCUUCAAUGGCUACUUCAUUUGCCUCUGUAUCUGGUCUCAGCUUGUUGUUGGGAUUGGCAAGUGCAUUGGACACUUUAUGUGGGCAAUCAUAUGGAGCAAAGCAGUAUCAUAUGCUCGGUAUCCAUAUGCAAAGGGCAAUGCUUGUUCUUCUACUGGUCAGUGUUCCUCUUGCCUGUAUUUGGGCUAAUGCAGGACAUAUUCUUGUUUUGUUGGGACAAGAUCCGGAAAUAGCAGCUGAAGCAGGAAGUUAUGCGCGCUAUAUGAUUCCAACUAUUUUCGCCUAUGCGCUUCUUCAGUGUCAUAUUAGAUUUCUACAAGCCCAAAAAAAUGUGAUCCCCAUGAUGUUCAGCGCGGGAAUCACUACUUUACUGCAUAUAUUCACUUGUUGGAUUCUGGUGUUUAAAUCUGGGCUAGGCAACAAGGGGGCUGCUCUGGCUAAUUCUAUUUCCUACUGGAUUAAUCUCUUGUUGCUAGCGGCAUAUGUCAGAAUAUCGCCUUCCUGCAAAAGCACUUGGACUGGAUUUUCGAAAGAGGCAUUUCAUGAUAUAUGGACAUACAUGAGACUUGCCAUUCCUUCUGCUGUUAUGCUCUGCUUAGAGAUUUGGUCAUUUGAAAUGAUGGUUCUGUUGUCCGGACUUCUUCCAAAUCCAAAGCUAGAAACGUCGGUUCUUUCAAUCAGCCUCAAUACAUGUUCCAUGGUGUAUAUGAUACCUCUAGGACUAAGUGGUGCCACGAGUGUAAGAGUCUCAAAUGAACUAGGUGCAGGACGACCUCAAGCAGCUCGUUUAGCAGCUAGUACUGCAGUAUUCUUGGUGGCUACAGAAGGAGUUAUUGCAGCAAUAGUGUUGAUUUUCGUUCGUAAACUGUGGGGCUACUGUUAUAGCACUGAGGAAGAAGUAGUGUCAUAUGUAGCACAGAUGUUAGUCUUGCUAGCAGGAUCCCACUUCUUAGAUGGCAUUCAAUCUGUACUUUCAGGUACUGCGCGAGGGUGUGGAUGGCAAAAGACUGGGGCACUUGUCAACUUGGGAGCUUAUUACCUUUUUGGAAUACCUGCUGGUGUUAUAUUAGCUUUUGUCUACCAUUUAGGUGGAAAGGGACUAUGGUUGGGAAUCACUCUUGCCCUUUUUGCACAAGCACUACUUCUUUUAAUAGUUACUCUUCGGACAAAUUGGGAAAAAGAGGCAAAGAAGGCAGCUGAUAGGGUGACUCCUGUGUUACUGGAUAGUGAUUCGAUUGCAGGAAUCUCAAGGAUUCGAGGAUCGACAGAUUGUUCAGGAGAGAACUCGAGAAUACAAUUAAUGGAGAUGCAUAGAAGUAGAGAGAAUAAGAGAGAAGAAUGAACUGUAUAUUUCAUAUCUUGUA